AGACCCGCCCUCCCUGUUGAUAUAAAAGGCUCAUUAUAAGGCAACAAAACACAAAUGUCAAUUUCAGGUGAUUAUACAACAUAACAUAUAUAUUGGCCACAGAUCCACAUAAAUCCAACAUAUUGGAACUUUAAAGCUCAUUAGUUAAUUACUUCUUGCUUUAACAAGUUAGCUAUUGCUGAACGAGGUUUACAUUUUCUCUUGAAACGUGUUAACACUAUAUAUUUAGUUACUGACUUAAGUCAGGUGGUUAAACAUUUAUUUUGAGACACUGCAAGAACGACCCCCUGAGUUUGUUUCACACACCAUCUGCUUUGUGACAAUGGUGGCUUUCGAAGAGAUUCUCAGAACUAUAGGAGAGUUUGGUCUCUUCCAGAAACUUCUCACUUUUGGUUUGACAUUGCCAAAUUUCUUAAUCCCAAUCUUUUUCUGUAGUUUUCUAUUUAUCGAGUCAGAUCCAGAGCGACACUGUAGCACAGACUGGAUCCUGAAGGCUGAUCCUAACCUGACCACAGAUGAGCAGCUGAACCUGACUCUGCCCCGGGAGGAGGAUGGGACCUUCAGCAGGUGUCAGAUGUUCGUCCCUGUGGACUGGGACAUUGGUGCCAUCAGGGAGUACGGACUCAAUGAGACAACAGGUUGUAACAAUGGAUGGGUGUACAGCAAGACCCUGUAUGAUGCCACCAUAGUCACUGAUUUUGAUCUCGUCUGUGACAAGUCAACCAUGGUUGAAGUUGUGCAGACCGUCUUCCUGUUUGGUGCGCUUGUCGGUUCAUUCAUCUUUGGGCCAAUAGCUGAAUCGUAUGGCCGCAGGAGAACCGUCCAGUUACCGGUCGUCCUUUCACUAAUAUCUGCCAUAGUUGCCGGUGUGGCUCCAAAUUUCUAUAUUUACAUAGUGUCACAGUUCAUAGCUGCCAUUGGACUCUCAGGAUACAGGAUCAACUCUGUUGUAUUAGCUACUGAAUGGAUUGGGGUCAGUCAAAGGUCCUUCGCCCCCUGUCUGGCCCAGAUGUCUGCAGCUCUUGGACAGUGUGCUACGGCUGGUCUGGUCUAUGCUAUUCGUGACUGGAGAAUAGCACAAUAUGUUUUGGCAGGAGGCCAGGCCAUCGUAUUGUUGUACAUAUGGUGGAUUCCUGAAUCUGCAAGGUGGUUGCUUGGACAGGGAAGAACUGAAGAAGCACAUAAAUUCAUACACAGAGUUGCAACAUUCAAUAAAAAGAAAAUCCCAGAGAAUCUACUGGAGGACGUUAGUCAGGUAACUGGGGAACAACAAGUCCACAGAGGAGGAAUCAAGUCAAUAUUUACCUCCAAAGUCCUGGUGAAAUAUCUCUUCAUUGUAUCUUUUGCCUGGUUUUCGGUAAAUCUAGGCGGCUUCUGUCUUUCUCUGAACGUGGGUAAGUUUGGUCUGAGCAUCUUCCUGGUUCAGCUUCUGUUUGGGGUGUCAGAGAUUCCAGCACAUCUCCUCUGUAUCUGGGUGCUGGAGUUGAUCGGGAGAAAGAAAUCCCUGAUAUCAAUCCUCCUGACUGGUGGUUUUGUUUGCCUCCUAACUGUGGCUUUCCCUCAAGACAGCACUGUUGCUAUCACAGUUCUUGUUACCACUGGAAGGCUCUUUUUUAACUGGGCUGGGUCAGUAUGUGUCCUCUACAUUCAGGAGUUGUUUCCCACCUCUGUCAGGCAAACAGCUGUUGGCUUGGGCUCUAUAGCCUUCAGAGUAGCAGGUUUGCUGUCUCCGUCACUCAACAUGUUGGCUACAUACUACUGGUUCUUACCCAACAUAGUCUUCAGCAGCCUCGUGGUGGUCAGUGGAGCUCUUGUCUUCCUCCUUCCUGAGACCUGCAACAAAGUGCUUCCAGAUUCAACUGCUGAAUCUGAAGGCAACAGCUCUUUACAGGGAUCUGAUGAGUACUAACUCUCAAGUGCUCAUAACAGUAACUACAGGGAACUUCAGGAGAGUCAAAUGGUUAAAGUUUGUGGGAAAUACUUUCUUAUGAAGAGUUAGGGAAACAGCCUGGCUCAUUUCAAAGGUAACAAAAUCCUCCUACUUGCUUCUCGAAACCUCACUGAGUAACUUGUUAUGUGUAGAUCUUGUUAUAUCUGUGCAUAAACAGGAAUGUAGAAAUUACAAUUUGAGACCAAUUUUAGUUGCACCCUGCCAAGCAAUAGUCCACUUUAGUUUUUCUACUUGUUUUUUGUGUGCUUUAGGGGUGAUCUCAAUCGCUCUGUUUGCAGUCUGUUUAAAGCUUCAUAUUUAAUGGACGGAUAUAAAAGAAUCUGUCUGCUUAUCAAAGUGAUGAAGUGUAUUUAUCAGCAUCUAGAAGCAUAAAUGAGCAGAGAUAACAGGUUUAUUUUACUUUUCUGGGGUUUUCCCAAAACUUAAGAUUUUUAUUUCAGUUUUAUUAAAACUGCUCAUAUAUGCACUCACGAGCAAUGACUUCGAUAAGAUACAUCUUUUUUUACCCAUAUAGAUAAAAGGUCAGGGUCAGAAUUAAGUAAUCUAAAUGUUGUGUUCCUUUUCUUUACAGGAAUUUAACCACCAAGAAAGCAGGAAGUGACUUCAAUGUGGAUGAGCACAACAGCAGCAAAUCCACCAAACUCUAGUCAGAUUCUAUACUUCCGCGCUUUUUGUCUUGUAUGUAUUGUUGAGUGGAAUAUUUUCUUUGUUUC